AUGGCCCCGACGCUGAUGGAGCUCCCGGGCAGCCUCCUCACCGAAAUCCUCCUCCGGCUGCCCGACCCGGAGGACCUCGCCCGCGCCUCGGCCGCCUGCCCCGCCUUCCGCCGCCUCGCCACCGACGGCUCCUUCCUGCGCCGCUUCCGCCGCCUCCACGCCCCACGGUUUCUCGCCUUCAUCGACCUCGACGGGUUCCAGCCCGCGCUCCCGCCCCACCCCUCCGCGCCCGCCGCCCGCGCGCUUGCCAGCGCCGCUGACUUCUCCUUCUCCUUCCUCCCCUCCCACUGUCGCUGGAUCCCGAUGGACGUCCGCGACGGCUGCGUCCUCCUCGGCCGGGACCACGGGAAGGACGCGCGGCCUCCGAUCUGCAGGGAGCUCGCGGUGUGCGACCCCCUGCACCGGCGGUACGUCCUGCUCCCCCCGGUGCCCGACGCCCUCGUCGCCUCGGUGGAGCGCCCGCCCCCCGUGCUACGCAGGCCCUCGGACGAGCCUCUCCUCCUUCCCCUCAGCGAGAACGAUGCGGCGGCGGAAGGGACGGCAUUCACGGUGAUCUCUAUGGUGCAUUGCGAGACUAAGCUGGUCCCCUUUGUAUUCUGUUCGAGCACCGGGCAGUGGCGAGCCGCGGCACCCAUGCUUUGGUCGGCCAUGCCAGUGUCGCCCAUGGAUCCUGCUUAUCUCAGGCGGCACCACGCCUAUGGCUGCUUCUACUGGGACUCCACCAAUAUCAAGAGGAAAGAGUUGCUUGUGCUUAACAUCCAGAGGAUGGAGUUCUCCAUCGCCGAGCUCCCAUCCUCUGGUUGGGGCACUCUAGGCGUGGCCAUUGUGGAGGCAGGGGAAGGCAGGCUUGGGCUGUUUGGCAUCCGUGAUGGAACCGCAGGUGGCAGCAAACAUGACCUCUGCUACAGCGUUAGGCAGAACAAAGGCAAGAAUUCCGGCCAGUGGCGGAUGGUGAAGACGUUCUCACUAGGUCCUGAGGGCCUGCAUUAUCUCAAAGCUGCAACAGAGAGGUAUGUGCUCCUGAUAUGUUCUGAAGCCCCACGGUUCGUUGGCUUGUCUAUGGUGAUGCCAGACUUGUUGGAGUAUUUCUCGGUGGACGUCAAGAAGUUGCAGCUUGAGAGGGUCUGUGUGAAGCCUUUCGGGAAGUCCUUGUCCAGGACGCGCAUAUAUGCCCACUUCCCGCCAUCGCUGUCUUCGCCGACAAUAUGA